GUCACGGUCGUUGGCGUUCGCUUAGGCUGGCCGUUAGUGUCGAAGAUAAUUUUUCAUUGUUCUCCCCAUCAUUUUCCUACAUUUAAAUUGUGCGAAACCGAUUUGAUCUCUAGAAGUCGCUCAGAAUUCACCGCCCUAUUUGAAAUCGGCUUGUUGGAGGUUAUCGUUCCACGGUUCCAGCAAGUUGAGCAAGCAAGGUGGUCAAUAGCCAAGUGGAUUAUCCAUAGAUAUAGAUUACCAUAGAUUUUUCUUUUGCGUGGCAUGUUUACUUUCUCAGCAGCUGAUGCCAACUAUGGAUGCUACGAACACCAACAAGGAAGAAUCAAGGAUCCCAUUAAUGGCAAACAACAAUGAUGUGAGGAAGAGGCAGAUAACUCCCCCACUAUUUCCAUCGGUACCAGCUUUAAAUGGAGCUGCAUCUUAUCUUGCUGAGACAACAUCAUAUCUAACUAGUUGUUUCCCUGCUAUUCCUGACGAUGCAGCUAGAGGCUCUGAUGGACAGGACACGGCAGCAUUGGCUUCCAAAGAACUUAGAGAACCUUUGUUGAGUAAUAAUGGACAUGUUGGAAGUGAUUCUGCAGCUUCUGGAUCACUGCUAACUGCAACUAAUGCAUCACCAACUUGUGAGGAAAUCACGAGGCACUCGGAUUCUCAAAAUAAUAUGGCAAUAGUACAAUCUGAUCAGACCAGGCAAAGUGGGAUUUCCAUGUUUCAAGGCCUUGUUGAGCGUGUUCGAAGGACAAUGCAUGGGUCAUCUGAUGACAUUGGAUGGCUACAACGUGCUCCUGAGAUGCCUCCCGUUGAAGAUGGGACAGAACGGUUUAAUAAUAUUCUUGACAAUAUUAGACAUGGUAUACAUGUUUUGCCAAACUCAGUGGUUUAUCUCUUGGUUCCAGGUCUUUUUAGCAACCAUGGACCACUCUAUUUUACUGCGACGAAGGCAACUUUCUCUAAAAUGGGAUUGACAUGUCACAUUGCAAAGAUUCAUAGUGAGGCAUCAGUUGAAAAGAAUGCCAGAGAAAUAAAAGAGUACGUCGAGGAAAUGUAUUGGGGUUCCAAUAAGCGCGUUUUACUUCUUGGCCACAGUAAAGGAGGAAUAGAUGCAGCUGCCGCUUUGUCAAUGUAUUGGCCGGAUUUGAGAGAUAAAGUCGCCGGUCUGGCUUUGGCACAGAGCCCAUAUGGUGGUAGCCCUAUAGCUUCGGAUAUUAUGAGAGAAGGGCAGAUAGGAGACUACUUCAAUGUUCGAAAACUUAUGGAAAUCUUGAUAUGUAAAGUGAUAAAGGGCGACUUGCAAUCACUCGAAGAUCUGACCUACGAGAAGCGGAAGGAAUUCUUGAGAAAACACCACCUGCCGAAGGAACUCCCAGUCGUCUCCUUUCAUACCGAAGCCAACAUCUCUCCGACCGUUUUGGCAACGCUUUCUCGUGUUGCCCAAGCCGAGCUUCCAACAUUUGCUCCGUUAUCCACAAACACAACAACCACCGUCCUGCCCGUUGUAGUUCCUCUUGGAGCCACAUUGGCUGCCUGUGCUCAGCUGCUACAAACCAGAUAUGGUGAGAAGAACGACGGGCUCGUGACGUGCCGCGAUGCAGAGGUCCCCGGCUCGGUCGUGGUGCGGCCCAAGCGCAAACUGGACCAUGCGUGGAUGGUUUACUCUUCGACAAACGAUGACCCUUUGGAACCAGAUGCUUCUCAGGUGUGUGAGGCUCUGCUAACUUUGGUCAUGGAAGUUGGGCUGAGGAAGAAACAUUAUCUUAGCGUAAAAGAGGAAUGAAGCCGCUGUGUUGCCAUGCCUUGCCGCUCUUGCUCCACCGCGUUCCCCCACCAAAUCAUAACUAUCACAAUGUGGUAAAUUGUACCGUUAGAUUUCUGUAGCAGAAGUUGAACGAUGUAAGUAGGUUCGCUGUAUCCGUUCGUUCUUUUAUUCAAUACGAAGAAAAUUGUUCCCAAUUGUCGUUUGGCUAUCGUGGUAGGCAUUAGUUGAUUUUUACGACCAAAGUACUACUUCAAAUGAUGGAGAGUCUUUGGAUUGAUUAAAUUCAUCAACAAAUUGUCUAACAA